AUUUGACAGCGAGGUCGCAAAUGGCAAGUAAAAUUCAAGAGCAGAAGGACAAGGGCGUUUUCGUGUAUGAACCUCUCGGGUUCUUUGCGGAUGAUAGCCACGUGCCCCUGUGGGUGCAGAACUUCCUUACCGACGUGUUCAGCUUCGUGACAACGCACUAUUUCGUUUGGAGCUUCCCGUUCCUCGUGUUGUUCAACUGCCUGCAUCAGGUGAAUCAGGUUUGCAAUUGUCUAUUCAUCGUUCCCAGCGUUUAAUCUUUUUGAGCUUUCAAGCAUGGACUCGACUACGUGUCUGUUGCUAUGAUCGCUCUGUAUUUCCCCUCAUUCUUCAGUGGCGCCCAGAAAACAGGACAAGGCAACGAAUGGGUAGCCGUGCGUACGUCGAGUCUAUGGGGUCUCAUGAACAAAUUUCUUCGCAUGAAGAUCAUUCGGGAGCAAGAGCUAGAUUCGAGGGGAAAAUACAUUUUCGGAUUCCAUCCUCACGGAAUCCUUGUACUCUCUCGAAUCGCAGCUUUCGGCCAAAACUUCAUUGACGUGUGUCCUGGCAUCACGACUCGAUUCCUUGGUGCCUCGGCAAUGUAUUACAUCCCGUUAGGACGUGAUAUGUGUUUGUGGAUGGGUGGGGUCGACGCCUCACGCUCCACUGGUGAGAAGGUGUUGAAAGAUGGCAAGAGUAUCGUCGUCUACCCUGGUGGUGUACCCGAGAUUUUCCUUACGGAUCCGAAUUCAAAGGAGACCCAACUCGUGCUGAAAAAGCGACUGGGAUUCAUCAAACUCGCAAUGCGUCAGGGAGCUGACCUGGUUCCUACGUUUGUGUUCGGCGAAAAGUGGCUGUACAACAUGUGGACCCCACCCAAGAAUGUGACCGAUUUCUUCCGGAAGAGACUUGGCAUCCCAGUGCUCAUCUUUUGGGGGAAGUUUUGGUGGAUGCCCAAGGCCCCACCAAAGGGAAAGCGCUACGGAGUUGUGUACGGGAAGCCUAUUAUCGUGAAGCACGAUCCAAACCCAACCAACGCAGAAGUUUGUGCGGUUCACGCUGAAUACAUCAGUGCAAUCGAGCGGAUCUUCAAGCAGUACAAAUCGCAGUUCGGCUACGACGAGGACGAGACGCUGGCCAUCAUUUAGGGCACUUCUAAAGCAACCCCAGAUCAGUUAAACC